UCUUUAGUGUACUCUUGCGAACACUCGCGGUGUUUUUCCAGAUAAAACAUUCGGUUCGACCGGUUUUAUGAGUUACGGAUGAGUUAUAUCCCUCGGAGAUGUAUCCGUUAUGAGAUUUCGUGUAAUAGAGAAUCUCAAAAGUAGUGUUGUGGUUAAAAAUCGAAUGCGUGGCGUUUGCUUGGAAUUAUUUCGAGUAUUUGGACUUGAUUUGUGACAAACUAUUAUUUUAGUUCAUCUUAAUCACGUGAAUGGAUUGAUACUUUCAUCGACGCCAAUAGUGAUCAAGGAAUCACGAAUGCAAACGCCGAUGGGCAUCCCGACUUCGGCGAGGAUGGAUUCUCGCUCGCCCCCAACGGACUGUUCCCGUGCACGAGGAAGUGCAACUGCUACCUGGAGGAGACUAUGCAGUCGCUGCAGAAGAAACUCUCGGUCGGUUCGCCAAAUCUUCGAAAUACCGGUCGGCCGGUGAUUUACGAUGUCGAUGCACUCGGUUAGCGCAAAAGCUAGUUGGCAAGUCGAGCAGGAACUUCUAUACUUCCCCCGGUAGAAAGCCGACCCGCGGGACGUUUCUUUAUGGUAAUUACAGUGGGCUCGAGGUCCUCCUUUCGUUAGGCUCAAGCGGAACUGCUGGACGACCUGGAGAAUUCCGAGGACGAGGUGCGGUGCUGCGUGGAGUUGACCGAAAGCGAGCGGGAGCUCUUCGGGGACUCGAUCAAAGACGACACGACGGUCUGCAAGAUCCUGAUCCGCGAGCUGGGGACGCAGAAGAGAGACCUCGGCGAAAUGAUGGACCAGUGGGUGGAGUUCGUCGAGAAAAUCGAGAGAUUCUCUCUAGCGGCCGAUGAUAUUAAAUCUAAGCACCCGCGAGAGUCGAGGAGGCGUAGAGAAAAGUGGUCGGAGUCUUCUUCCGGCGAUUCAAAGGUAUUUAGGAAGUGCUCGGAGGGUGUCGGGACCCUCGAGGUAGAAGCCGCUUCCUAUGUGGUCCGGCUGCGUCCGGAUCGAGGUGAUGCUUAAAAAAAGGAUUCGCCAAUAGGUGAGGGGGUAGGGGCCGCGGAUAGCGAAGAGCAUUCGUUACCUAAAGGUACGACUCGUAGCCUUUUACGGUAAUGGAGCCGAAUCAGGAGCUGCCCUUUCUCCGGUCCAUCAGCAACGUUCAUAGCUCCUUCGUCAGGUUCGUCAACACCACCAGGAGGAGCGUCGGCGUCUAUUGGAUCGACUAUCAAGGACACGCCGUUCAGUACGGGAUAUUGUCUUACCGCGAUUACCUCGACGUCAAUACCUUCGUUACGCACCCCUGGAUCUUCGUCGACGAGGAGACCCAGGAUAGAUUCAGGGUAAACUGCAGCGACGUCUUCUUCCCGGAGGCCUGGUUCCCGAGGGACGUGGCCAUUCGACCGGACGACCUCCCUCCAAGGGUGGAGAGGACUUGCGUCUACAUCACGCUGCCGAUUUACUCCCUCCGGGAACUUUGCUUGCGAGUCGUCAAGAGGAAACUGCGCUCAGACUGGCACGCCUUCCUUCUCGACAUCCCCAGGAGCUUGCAAUACGAGCUGGCCUCGAUGUUCCCGAAGAAGACCGACCCCGUGGAGUCGUAGCCGGUUCCGCGCGCUCCUCUCGUGUCCGGAAGGACAUACCAAAGAAAAAUCGAUUCCAGGAGAGACCUCGCCAGAAGCUGAAAUCUCGCGAGAUUCUCUAGCUAGCCUCGCUCCGGAUCCUCCUGGGAAGAAAAAAAAAAGGAAAAAGAUUAAACGAGAUCGUAAGAGGAAUUUUAUCAGCCUUUCAAGACGGUCGUCGCAACGUACCGUCUCUUGCCGUUUCCCGGGCACUCUUCGCGGGAGAGAUAAAAACAUGGCGGCGGGAGUGAUAACCACGCUGACCGUCGUAAUCGUGGCCCUCGGAGUUCAGAAUGCAAACGCUGAGCUUUACACCGCUCUGGCGGACAUGGAGGAGCUCUUGGAAACGGAAGCUGUACUUAUCGGCACCCUUAAUGGGUACAUCGAGGUGCAGGAAAAACGACUGGACACUCUCAGGAGGAACGUAGACGAGUACGCGAGAGAGCACGAGGAAGCGUCGCGCAACAUCCAGCAGUAUCUCUCGAACCCCAUCAACGCCUAUCUCCUGAUAAAGAGACUGACUACCGACUGGAAGAGGAUAGAGGAGCUGAUAACGCAAGAUGUGGGGAACUCAUUCGUGGAGAACAUCACGAAUUCCAGGAGCGACAUCAAGUUCCCUUCCGACGAGGAUUUAAACGGGGCCGCGGUCGCUUUAAUGAGACUGCAGGACACUUACAAAUUAGAGACUGCACAGAUAGCCAGGGGCGUCCUCAAUGGCGUACAGUACAGUACCGGAUUGACCGCCGGCGAUUGCUUCGAGCUGGGUCGACAGUCUUACAACAAUGGCGAUCACUACCAUACGGUGCUCUGGAUGCAGGAAGCCAUGGAUCGUCUUCAGGACGAGCAGAACCGAACUUCCGUCACCAAGCCGGACAUCUUGGAGUACCUGGCCUUCUCCACGUACAUGCAGGGAAACGUUGCACGAGCCCUGACUAUGACGAAUGAGCUUCUGGAGUUGGUGCCGUCGCAUCCGCGAGCUCUCGGGAAUCGCGUCUAUUAUCAAGACGAGUUAGAAAAGAAAGCCAGUCAAGUGAGGAAAAAACGCGGGGAAGAUGGCGAGGAUUCGAUUACGCCAGGCCAAGCUUUCGCUAUAGUCGAGGAAAAGAUCAAGUCCGUUGAAGAAAUGACCGACCGGGAAAAGUACGAGAUGCUCUGCCGCGCCGAAGCCACCAUACCAUUGGAGAUACAAAAAAAACUCAAGUGCAAAUACGUUGAUCGAGGAUCCCCUUACUUAAGGAUCGGUCCUUUCAAGAUGGAAGAGGCGUACCUCGAUCCUCGGAUAGUUAUCUUCCAUGAUGUUAUUUACGACGAUGAAAUCGAAACUAUUAAAAGACUGGCUCAACCUAGGUUUAAACGUGCCACGGUGCAAAACAUGAAAACCGGCGAGCUAGAAACCGCCAAUUACAGGAUCAGUAAAAGUGCUUGGCUUCAGGAACGUGAGCAUAAACAUGUCGCUGCAGUGUGCAAUCGAGUUGAACUCAUGACCGGACUGACCAUCUCUACCGCCGAAGAGUUGCAAGUUGUUAAUUAUGGCAUCGGUGGACAUUACGAACCUCACUUCGACUUUGCUCGGAGAGAAGAGAAAAAUGCAUUCAAGAGUCUCAACACCGGAAAUCGCAUUGCUACCCUUUUAUACUAUAUGAGCGAUGUCGAACAAGGCGGAGCCACCGUUUUUCCAGGACUUCGUCUUUCGUUAUGGCCUAAGAAGGGAAGCGCAGCUUUUUGGCAUAAUUUGAAACCAAAUGGCGAAGGAGAUUAUAAGACUCGGCAUGCUGCUUGUCCGGUAUUAACUGGUACUAAGUGGGUUGCAAAUAAAUGGCUUCAUGAAAAAGGUCAAGAGUUCCGGAGGCCCUGUACGUUAGAAAAUCAACCACCGGAUUAUGAUGUGACCAAAUACUGAUAGAUUCAACUCUCCCGCAUAGGAAUUAAACUCAAUGAGUAAUCGUGCGGACUCUGUUGUCGAGUGUUCCGAUAUAGUGACAUUCAUUAACGGCAGAACCUCAUUGACUAUACCGAUGCCAAAGUCGUUAUCAUCACCAUUAUCCUAAUCGUAAUCAUUCACGUGCCCAUUCUUCACGCCUUGGUUUUUUUAACCACAUUUCCUUUAAAGACAAUAUCGUGCUAAGUGUAUUUAGAACUCGGACAAUGAAUAACAAGGAUCAAAACUCUUCUGGUAUGCAGGUACCAGGCUCACGUUGUUUCAACCAUAUACUUACAAUGGUUGUAAUUUCUGUGGGAAACCGAUAGUAAUACGAAACAAUGCUUUUUAACUGUACAUUAAGCAAGUGAUAUCAUCAGUUGUAAGAAUAGAUUUACAAAUUUUUUUUGUGCGGAGACAAAAGAUGUUGGAAGAUCAGCACUAACACUGCCAAGAUAAGAAUGCGAAACAGUCGAUAACGUAAGAUGUUUCAAUACCCAAUGUAAAUCAGUACCGCUGAUAAAUGAGAAUUAACCGUCGAAAUACGAUUGUAGAUUUAAUAUAAUUUUUUCUAUAUCAA